AUGAUUAAUUCUGUGGCAGUAUCUCGUCAUUCGACGUCUCAGAGUCUUCCACGGGAGCGAGAUAACACCGACGACACGGAGACCGAGUCACCGGAUGUUAAGAGCAAUGAUAAGUCACGCAAAGCCGAGUCGCACGCUCGUGGAAAAGCGCGUCACUCCGAAACUCACGCGAGCGAGGAAAGAAUCACGUCGAGAUCUCUCGAGGGAAGGAGAAGGAAACGCAGUAAACGCAGUACCGAAAGACGAAAGUUCGGAGCGCGGCCUCGCACGGCGGAUCACGAUCACGAUCACGAUCACGAUCGAGCGGAUACCGGAUCUUCCGUGAAACGCUGCAGCGAUAGGGAAGACAGCUGCGCUGAUAAAUCACGAAAGAGAAGAAGGAAUGUUUCCCGAGCGGAGGAUGUGCCCAUCACCGAGAUCUUGAAGAAAGCUCAAGAAAAUGCGCGCACGAAAUACGAGGAGCCUGUGCCGCUUCCGGAAUUGACUGCGGACACAAUUUACAUUCAAGGCAGGAGCGGCUUUAGCGCCGUGAAAAUUGGCGGAUCGAGACGUGCUUUGGGAAAUGAUACGACACGUGCAACAAAAGGUAUAGGAGGCCGCGAUUCCGUAGAGACUCAAACGUACACGCUCAUAGAGGUGGCAAUCACGGCCCAGAAAUUUUGGAAGUGCACAGGACUCGUUUAUCAGGGUCUCUUGGGCGGGAUGGCACUUUUCCAUUCCAUAAUGAUCCAUGUCUUCUUUAACACUUCGAUGGAAUUUAUGUUGAAUUACUCGAUUUUUUCUGAGAUAUAUACAAACGUAUUCUCCUUUUUAAUCGCUCUCUGCGUCAUCUCCAUCUUCGAUAAAUUCGACCUGGCGCGACUUGAUAUGGAUCACUUGCGCGAGAUUUGUACGGGUCACGCGAAGACCUCGAUCGCCAUUUCGCUUUAUCUGGCAACGUUUGGACUCCAUCAAGCAUCGUUAAAGGUGGAAGAUCAAUUAGCUUUACUGCAUUAUCACGAUAUCAACGAAACCUUGCGGUCGAACAAUACGAUGCAGGAAACUUUUAUAGAGGAGCUAAACAGCUGGCAGAAGAUAACGAUAUCGAAAGACCUCCUCGCAGUUUUCGCCUGGUUGUUCGUUGCUCUUGGAACGCGGGACAAUAUGCUAUUGACGCACCUCGAAUCGAUGGUGCAAUAUGCGAGCAACGUGGAAUCUCCGAGAUGACAUUCGAAGAACGAGUUUCAGCGUCGAACAAAACAAACACAUACGAAACUCCUUCGUGUGUUCACUACAUGUGUCAGACUAAAUACUACCAAAUUGCAAAUAUUUUAGAGCGUAA